GUUACGGUAAAGGUCUACAGUCAAUACUCGUCCCUCCACGGCAUCGCCAAGUUGGCAAAAAACUCAUGGACACAGAGAGAGAGUGAGUGCGUGCAGGGGUGAGUGGGGGUGAGUGGGGGUGAGUGGGGGUGCGUGGGGGGGUCCAUUUGAUGCACACACACACAGAGAACACACACAGACUCAGACAGAACACACACACACACACACACAGGCUCAGGCUCUGCCCUUCGGGCCUCGCCUUCGCACAACACAUACACACACAGGCUCAGCACACACACACCAUGACUUGGCUCGGCUCGGCCCUUCAGGCCUCGCCUUCGCAUCAACGGCACACACACACACACUUAGACAGACACAGACGAGGCAGCUUUCGCUCGGCUCGGCUCGGCCCUUCGGGCCUCGCCUUCGCAUCAACGGCACACAGACACACGCGCCAUCAUGCCCUGCAUGCGUGGAGGCAAAAAGGCCUGUCUGACUCUGACAGCCACCCACUUUGCACAGACAGACCGACAGACCGACCGACCGACAGACAGACAGACAGACCGACAGCCACAGAAAGACAGGCACAACAGAGGAAUACAGAGUGAUACAGUAAGGUAUAAGACAGGCACAACAAGGAGCUGUCCACCAAAAAGGAUAUAUCUGUACACAACACAGCUCCACCUGCCGGCCACAUAAGUACGUAUACUACAAACAAGUACAAAGAUCAUCCAUCCAUCAUCCAUCGCCCGCCUUCAUCGGCUGCAGAUAGCUCAACAGAGCGGACCUGCGGCGCACACACGCACACACACACACACACACACGCACGCUGCAGUCGCAUGCAGCUGUAGAGAUGGAGUGGGUGCGUCUGUAUGUACCAGCAGAAGGACACAGCAGCCACACAAGCGAUGCGAAACUGCGGCUGGACAAGAGGCCCGAACACCAGCAGGUUCACAGGCGUCCAUAUCAUCCAGUACCUGUGUGUGAGUGACGCACACACACACACACAACACCAUGCAGCCAUGCGCACAGAGGCGACGCUCCCUCCCGGUGUGCUGACUGACUUGGGCAUGAUGCCGCUGAUCUCGGCCACAUAAUCCCCCAGCCCCUCCGACAAACUGCCCCCAUUGAACACGCUCUUGAGCAUAAAGUAGUUGGGCAUAUACACGAAGGGAAUGUACCCCAGGCACUCGGCCAGCGUCUUCCUCACAGCCACCAGCAUCGUCCGCUGAGGGCCGAAGGCUCGGGUGAACACCACGUUGUAGAAAAAGUGCUGAAUGCAGCCCGUCUGAAGGCCGCUGAACGAGGCGAACUUGACUGUCCGCAGAACGUCCCAGCUCUCCGCCCUCUCAAUCUUGAACUGAGCCAGUGUGUCGGAUGCUCCACCCUGCACUCACUCACUCACAGACAGACAGACAGACAGACAGAGCGCUCAGGUCCAUGUAUGUGUUGUAUGUGUUGUGUGUGUGAGCGACCGCACCUUGACAAAGCAUGUGGCGAAGGCCACAGCAUAAGGGCUCUUGUCAUAAGCAGCACGAUACGCCUCAAACACCCGAAGGCGCAUCAGAUUCCACCAGAAGAACGGCAGACAGGCGAGAGAGCCAACCGAGAGAGGAUCAAACGAAACGAAUGAUCUCAGACGAAGUUGCU